AUGGCGAGCGGGCAGCGUGCGGGCGAGGGGAGGAGCGGCGGCGGCAGCAUGGUGCCUGCGGCGCGCGUCGAGUACUUCGAGUGCAGGACGUGCAACAGGAGGUUCCUGUCGUUCCAGGCGCUGGGCGGGCACCGGACGGGGCACACGCGGCUGGAGGCGCGGCUGCGGCAGGAGGAGCGCGGAGGCGGAGCAGCAGCAGCAGCAGCCGCCGCCGCCGCGGCGGCGGAGGCGAGGGCGAGGGCCAGCCGGCAGGCCGCGCAGCAGUGGCACUCGUGCACGGUGUGCGGGCUCGAGUUCCGCCAGGGGCAGGCUCUCGGCGGGCACAUGCGACGCCACAGGGAGGAGGGCGCGGCGCCGGCGCCGCCGGCUGCCGUGGGGGCCGCCGGCGGCGAGGAGGAGCAGCCGGAGAUGCUCGACCUGAACAACGCGCUGGUUGCGGCGGAGGCCGGCGGUGAAGGCGAUCAUCCGGAGGUCGAGCGCACGGAAUCGGAGCCCCGUCUUCUUAAUCUGCUUGUCUAG